ACAAAUACCUACUUUAAAAAAUUUCAAUUUUGUUUUCUGUGAUAAGUUUUCGUCUUUUAAGUUAAUUGUUUAGUAAUGGCUUUUGUGUAGAUCUCAGAAUUGCGAUUUCACAAUGGAACACAUAAGGCAGUUCGAUUGGUGUUUUUCUCAACCAGAUAUAUAUUUUCUUAAGGAAGAUGAUCUUGCUAACAGUGUGACAGAGAAAAUUCUCCGCAAUAAAUUUUAUGAUCCAUUAAUAUCUAGCGAUUCAGAAGAUGAAAACAUUACAAUUAAUUGGGAUGAAGUAUUUACCAAGAAAGAGAAUGGAAUUAUAGAGAGCGGUGGCGAGAGAAGGCAUGAGAGUAUUAUGCCGUUUGUCGUUGCAGCUUACGAGUCAGUCAUACUCCAAGGCGCGUCAAUAUAUGUCUCAAAUCAAAAAUGCAAAGAUGACUUGGAAAGUUCACAGUCCUGUUCUGCUAAUUCGACGCAAGUCUGUUCGGAGUGGCUGUACGAUGAUCCGGACAGUUUUGUAGCGUAUUUUCAGCUGGCUUGUCAUGAAUGGAAGAGGACGUUGGUCGGAACUGUGCACAGUUUUGGAUAUAUGUGCGGAUUGCUUCUCGUUGGGCCCAUGUCUGAUCGACUUGGAAGGAAGACUGCUGUAAUUAUAACAGGUAUCUUGGGGGGAUUUUUUGGUAUUGUAAGGAGUUUCUCGAUGUGGUACUGGUUCUAUAUUGCUAUGGAAUUCCUUGAAGCAGCCAUAGGGGAUUGUUGUUCUCCAAUGUAUGUACUUACGAUUGAAAUAGUUUCCACUAAGAAGCGACUUGUGUUUUACAUGAUGUGCGGUUUUGGAUAUUGCUUUGGCGGAAUGGCGUUGUCUCUUUUUGCCUGGUUAACACCAAAUUGGAGAUGGUUUUUAAGAGCUAUAUAUUUACCAACAUUUUUAUUUUUUACCUACAUAUAUCUGCUCGAUGAAAGUCCAAGAUGGCUUCUGACUAAGGGACGGAAAGAAAAAGCUGUGGCUAUCCUUGAAAAGGCAGCUAAAAAAAAUAAUAUUGUUUUAGAAAAGGACGUUUUAGAAAAGUUAUCUUGUGAAGUCAGCCCAGAUGUUCCUUAUAAACAAUUAUUAAAAGAUACAUUCAAAUCUAGCAAAUUAAGGAGAAGGUUUUUCGUAUGUUUGGUUUGGUGGACAGCCUCUACAUUCGUUAACUAUGGAAUGAUCAUUAAUUCUGUAUCUUUACAAGGGAAUAAAUAUCUAAAUUUCGCUCUGGUAGCAUCUGUAGAAAUUCCAGCAAACAUAAUAGUUACUUACAUAUUAAUUAAUUUUAAAAGGAAAUUGCCAUUGAUGUUUUCGUUCUUUAUUGGCGCCGUUUUGUGUUUGGCGCUUCCAUUUAUACCAGUUGAUUUACCAUGGAUUUCCAUUUCAUUUUUCAUGGCGGGCAAGUUGAUGAGUUCUUUCUUUUUCGCCAUAACAUAUAUGUACACGUCGGAGCUGUUCCCGACGUAUACCCGGAAUUCGAUGCACGCUUUGUGCUCCUCGCUCGGUCGCAUCGGUUCCAUCAUCGCGCCGCAGACUCCACUUCUGAUAACCUACUGGUCUGGUCUGCCAUCCCUGGUUUUUGGGACUGUCUCCUUCUUAGCUGGUCUUACUACAUUCCUAGUGCCCGACGUGUCAGAUGACUUGUUACCAGAUACAGUAGUACAAGCUGAAGCUCUGGGGAAAUCAAAAAUCCCUUCUAAAGCCUUAGAGAACUAUAACGAGGGGGAUAUCUCUCAGCUGUGAAUAAACUGAUUUAUUAAUAUAAUUAAAACUAAAACUUUACA